CCUAAAACUAGUGCUUAUCAAAUGUUUAUGUUUUUAUAGAUGCAUCACACCAUGGACCAAUUAGAUAUGUUAGAUCCGACAAGUUCAAUGACUGCAUUAGCUCCAAUUACAGAAACUCCUUUGACACCAACACAUCAACACUUGCAUGGAUCAUAUCAUAGUAUGAAUCAUAUGAUGAGCCAUCACCACCCCGGAGCGCUAAGUGGGCAUACGACGGGUCAUCAUGGACACUCUGCUGUACAUCAUCCCGUAAUAACAGCAGCAGUAGCAGCUGCGGGGCUUCAUCCUGAUACUGACACUGAUCCUAGGGAAUUAGAAGCAUUUGCAGAAAGAUUUAAACAGCGGAGAAUCAAAUUGGGUAAAAGAAAUAUCGUAUUAAAUGUCGUUAUACAAUUAGAAACAUUUCGACUUUAAAUAUAUUUUUAUUAAGCAAUUAAAACGAAAGUAAUUAACAUACCUACAGUGGCUCUCAUCUUAUUUUAUCCAACACUGCUUUAAAUUU